AUGGGCUUCCAAGCUCCAUACAAGGACGACCAACAUGGCAUCCCUCACUACCUUGGCAUGACGGGUAGGACACUGUCAAUUGCAGUAUCCGUGGUUGCUACGAACGGCUUCCUCCUCUUCGGCUAUGACCAGGGUGUCAUGUCAGGAAUUAUCUCCGCCCCUCAGUUCAACGCAGCCUUCCCAGAGACCAAAGACGACUCAACAUGGCAGGGCUUUGUGACGGCUAUCUAUGAGGUCGGAUGUCUGAUUGGCGCUCUGUUCCAGCUUGGCUAUGGUGAUAAGAUUGGUCGCCGAAGGGCUAUUAUUGUUGGCGGGAUCAUCAUGAUUAUUGGUGUCAUCAUCCAAGUGACUGCUGUCCCUUCGAGUGGUACGGCGGGUGCCACUGCUCAGUUCAUUGUUGGACGGACAAUUACUGGUAUUGGAAACGGUAUCAAUACUUCGACGAUUCCCACCUACCAGGCAGAGUGCUCCCACAGUACCAACCGCGGUCUUCUCAUCUGUAUCGAGGGAGGGACGGUUGCGAUUGGCACAGUUAUCGCCUACUGGAUCGACUUCGGCGCCAGCUACGGCCCAGCGGACCUCACCUGGCGCUUCCCCAUCGCUUUUCAAAUCGUCUUCGGCCUCUUCCUAUCCAUCUUCAUGAUUGGCCUCCCAGAAUCGCCUAGAUGGCUACUGACCCGAGACCGCCAUGAAGAAGCCAUGACCGUUCUCGCAGCCCUCCGUGGAAAGUCUCGAGACGACGAUGAAGUCAAACUCCAGGCCGGCAUCAUUAUGGAAAGCAUCCGUGCAUCUGGACAUGUCGGAGGCAACACACCGUACCGUGAGCUCUUCACUGGUGGGAAGACGCAGCAUUUCCGACGGAUGUUGCUGGGUUCUUCUGCUCAGUUCUUCCAGCAGAUCGGCGGGUGCAAUGCCGUCAUCUACUACCUCCCCAUCCUCUUCGAGAACAGCGUCGGUCAAGGUCGCACAAUGGCUCUUAUCCUCUCUGGAGUCAACAUGAUCGUCUACGCUCUUUUCGCCACGACCUCCUGGUUCGUCAUCGAAAGAGUGGGCCGCAGAAAGCUCUUCCUCAUCGGUACUGUUGGGCAAUGUCUUUCCAUGGUGCUGGCCUUCGCCUGCCUUAUCCCUGGAGGACCACAGGCCGCGAAGGGUGCCGUCGUUGGUUUCUUCUUCUUCAUCGCCUUCUUCGGUGCAACAUGGCUUCCACUCCCCUGGCUUUACCCGGCCGAAGUCAAUCCUAUAAAGACGCGUGCAAAGGCGAAUGCGAUCAGCACGAGUACCAACUGGCUCUUCAACUUCCUCAUCGUGAUGAUCACGCCCGUCAUGAUCGCGAACAUUUCUUGGGGAACAUACCUCUUCUUCGCCGCAGUCAACGCCCUCUUCCUCCCCUUCAUCUACUUCUUCUACAUCGAGACUGCCAACCGCAGCCUAGAAGAAGUCGACCUCAUCUUCGCCAAGGGCUACAUGGAAAACAUGUCCUACGUGCGGGCCAGCCGAGAACUCCCAUUCCUCACGGACGAGGAGAUCGAUUCCAAGGCGAGGGAGUACGGCUUCCAGGCAAGUGAUGACGAGGCCGGAUUGGAGAAGGAGCAGUUUGACGAGAAGGAGAAGGAUACGGGACAUCGGUACUCGGGAAGUGAGGGUGGAAGUUUGGCAUGA